UCUGAUAUAGCGAAGAGAUUAGAGAUAAGAUCGAAGAAUAAAAGUUAAGUCCCGGAAUUUUUCCAACUAGAAAGAAAAGGGAGUAGAAAUGAACGGCGGAGAUCUGCAGCUGCCGCCGGGAUUCCGAUUCCACCCGACCGACGACGAGCUUGUGGUGCACUACCUGUGCCGAAAGUGCGCUGGACUUCCAAUUGCUGUGCCGAUCAUUGCCGAGCUAGAUCUCUACAAGUUCGACCCAUGGCAUCUCCCAGGCAAAGCGUUGUAUGGAGAGAAGGAAUGGUACUUCUUUUCCCCGCGCGAACGAAAGUACCCGAACGGGUCGAGGCCAAACCGGGCGGCAGGUUCGGGGUACUGGAAAGCGACCGGUGCCGAUAAGCCGAUCGGGUCUCCCAAAGCGGUGGCAAUCAAGAAGGCGCUCGUGUUCUACGCGGGCAAAGCGCCCAAGGGAGAGAAGUCCAAUUGGAUCAUGCACGAGUACAGGCUCGCCGACGUCGACCGCUCCGCACGCAGAAAAAAUAGCCUGCGGCUGGACGAUUGGGUUCUGUGCCGCAUAUACAACAAAAAGGGCGGCGCGAUAGAGAAGCAUGGCGGAGCGGGGGAGGACCGGAAAUCGUCGGUGGGGAGGAUUUUCCGGCAGCCAGCGACGCCGGAGACGCCGGAACAGAAGCCGGAGAUCGUGCUCCAGAUGUCGGCUCCAACGACGCAGCAGCAACAGCAGUAUACGGAUCUGUUAUACUUGGAUACGUCGGAAUCGCUUCCCAGGCUUCAUGCGGAUUCGAGCUGCUCGGAGCACGUGCUGUCUCCGGACUUCACGUGCGAGCGAGAGGUGCAAAGCCAGCCCAAGUGGGGGGAGCUGGAGAGAGCCCUCGGACUUGGAAUUAAUAACAACGAUGCCACUGCCGGCGGCGGAGGGUUCUCGAUGGAUGACGGGAUGUUCUCGCCGUUGCUGCGGGGGAACUCGUUUCAGGAUGUGAUGAUGUAUCUACAGAAGCCAUUCUAGAUAAAUGGAAGGAGACGACACAUAAGAGGAAAAUUUAUUCCAUAUGGUGAUCUCUGCCCAAAAUACAUAUUUGUUGUGAUGAACGGUGGAGAUUGGUCAUCGUAUGCAUUUCUGCAUACGGUAUUUGUAUGGAAUAAUUUUUUCGUAAGAAGUGAGUUUAGGGAAGUGUGCCCGCGGUUUAGGCCGCGGUCCGGUCCGGUUCGGGGUUUACUCAGGCGAGCCACCGGGGUUUGUGUGGUGGCGAUGAAACCGAGUGGAUUUGGGUUGAGGUCUACGCGGAGUUGGGGUUGGUCUGGUUUAGGAGGAUUUUAUGUUUGUAAAUUGGCUAAAUUUUGUGUAGCUAAAAGGAUUAAACCGAAUCAUAUUACUAGAUUUAAGUAUUACAAUGAAGUUUAGAAUUUGGGUCCUACUUGGUUUAUAUAUAUAUUUUAAGGAUUUUUAUGAGGUUGGA